CAAAAAAUAUCUAUAGAGGAAUUGCGGUUGCCGUUUUGGCGGUGGAGACGAGGAAUUGGUUAUUUGAUUGCAGCUUCUACGCACAGCAUUUGGAAAAUGGCAACGGCAUCAUGGAACAUGGGUCUCCGUUCAUACCACAAGACGACGUCGUUUGAGGUUUCUUGCAGUCGGAAGAGAGAUAGAGACAGAGAACGAGGUAGCAUCCAUCCCUACAAAGUGGUUGAGAUCACUCCUCCUCCUAAGUGUCUUGGUGUUCGUUGCUUUCCCCCCAACUUGCAGUCUGGAGAAAGUGUAACAAUAGAAGGACAAGCUUAUACUAUUUCAGCUGUAACGCAUCGCUAUCAGCUUCGGAAGGGAAAAUACGAACCGAGCGAGAAGAGACUUGAUGUUUUAUCCACCGGAAGAUACUUAGUAAAUUUAUAUUUGGAAAAUUUAUUAGAACAAUCUUGAUGAGCGCUUGUUUUUUAAUUUAAGAACCAGGUUCCAUUUCCAAAAUGUAAUUGCCAAGUUCUG